AUGCCAGAAAUUGCCGCGGGAACCAGUGGCCAUGCCGAGCGCCGGGAUCGCACCCGUCGGCAGGAAAAGCAGGCCUUUCUCGGCAUGAAGCUGGCGGAAACCACAAUUUGUUCUUUUUCUCGGCUACGUUUGGCUCGUUGCGCUGCUGGUGACCGUGUACGAUGUGGUGCGUUUGCUGUUGGACGUCGCGGUGCGAAGAUUUGCUGCCUGAUUUGCGCCGGGCUGCACAUCCAGGGCUUCCUGCACUAUCCGGAACCGUUCCCGCACGAGAUGCUGUUCUGCGGUCUGUACGCGAGCUACUUUCUGAUCUCGCUCUACUCGCUGCUGUUCCUGCACUGGGGCUGCUGGGCGUUAAACUACACGGUCGAGGCGAUAGUGGCCGGUGGCGCCUUCCUGCUGUUCGUGGUGUCGGCAUUCGUUUCGAUGUACCACGCGGAAGCCGACAUCCAUCUGCAGUAUCUGACGGACGAGGAGGAAUGGUAUCAUCAGUUUUUUGUGUACUGCCGCUUACAAAGCUUGGGCGCGACAAUUACGGCCCAAAUGUUUCUGGUGCACUGUUCGCUGGCACUGGAUUUGGCCGGGUUGCUCGACCGAUGGUUUGGUGGACUUGCCGGCCGAGGUUCCGUGGCGGAGCAUGAUUUGCAAGAGGAUGUGCAAGCGAAUGAACGGUUGCAAAUCAACCCAUUCUGGAUGCCAGCAUUCGAAGCCCUUAUGAAGCGACUUCCGUGUGAGUGCUCUAAGACCGAAUCCGAUGGCUAA